AGGAGGAGCUCAGGAAGCUGAGAGAAGAAACAAACGCUGAAACGUUAAGGCAGGAGCUAGAAAAGGAACGGCAGAGGAGAUUAGAACUAGAACAAAAAGUCAAUGAAGUACUUAAAGCAAGGACGGAAGAGGUGCCUGCCCCUCAGCAACCUGCAAAGCCACAGACACAAGCCAACGGAACAGAUAAGCGUAGUCACACAGUCUGUUCAAGACUCCAGAAGUGGUUUUGUGAUAGAUUUGGGGAGUAUGUUGAGGACUUCAGAUUUCAGCCGGAAGAGAAUACAGUGGAAACAGAAGAGCCACUUAGUGCUAGAAGGUUGACUGAAAAUAUGAGAAGAUUAAAGAGAGGUGCCAAACCUGUUACUAAUUUUGUGAAGAAUCUUUCUGCCUUAUCAGACUGGUAUUCUAUCUACACUUCUGCUAUUGCCUUUAUUAUAUACAUGAAUGCUGUAUGGCAUGGCUGGGCCAUUCCUAUGUUCUUAUUUUUAGCAAUUUUGAGGUUGUCCCUAAAUUACCUCAUAGCCAGGGGUUGGAGAAUACAGUGGAGCAUUGUGCCUGAAGUUUCUGAACCCGUGGAGCCACCAAAAGAAGACCUGACCGUGUCUGAAAAGUUUCAGCUUGUUCUAGAUGUGGCUCAGAAGGCGCAGAACCUUUUUGGCAAGAUGGCAGACAUACUGGAAAAAAUUAAAAACUUGUUCAUGUGGGUCCAGCCAGAAAUAACACAGAAGCUCUACAUUACUCUAUGGGCAGCUUUUAUUGCAUCCUGCUUUUUGCCCUACAGGAUUAUUGGGCUUGCAAUGGGACUCUAUGCUGGAAUCAAAUUUUUCCUUAUUGAUUUUAUCUUCAAACGAUGCCCCAGACUAAGAGCUAAGUAUGAUACACCUUAUAUCAUCUGGACAAGUCUCCCGACAGAUCCUCAGCUCAAAGAAAGGUCUAAUGCUACAGUGUCGAGACGGGCAUCGUUGUAUUACAGUUACCCUAAAACCUGGAUGCUUCAAACAGCAGCAUCCAGAAGUUAUGUGGGCUCAAGUGCCCCAACUGGAAUAAGCAAAGAUGAAGACACAAGUCGUUUUCAUACCACCAAGAGGGGGAAUUUCCAUGAAGUUUUUAACCUGUCGGAAAAUGAGCGUCCUUUGGCAGUGUGUGAAAAUGGCUGGCGCUGUUGCUUGAUUAACAGAGAUAGGAAGAUGCCUACAGACUACAUCAGGAAUGGAGUUCUUUAUGUCACAGAAAAUUACUUGUGCUUUGAAAGCUCCAAAUCCGGCUCAUCUAAAAGAAAUAAAGUUAUAAAGCUAACGGAUAUAACAGAUAUUCAGAAGUAUAAAGUGCUCUCUGUUCUCCCAGGAUCAGGGAUGGGUAUUGCUGUAUCAACACCAUCUACACAAAAACCUUUGGUGUUUGGUGCCAUGGUACACAGAGAUGAAGCUUUUGAGACAAUUUUCAACCAAUAUGUGAAAAUAACCUCUGCAUCAUCAAGCAGUGAGAGCUAGUAUCUUAUCUUAGAAGAUCUAAAGGAAACUUUCUUAUUUUACAACUUGGUAGUGAAAAAAAUGAACAUCCUCAUCUAUUUUGCAAUAAUUUUUCUUGUCUGGUGGUUUAUAUUCUAUCUGUUACAUAAAUCAAGUGUAUUUUAUAUAUGCCUUCAUGUUUGUUUUUAAGGUUUUUGUAAAAAAAAAAAACAAAA